CGCUCUCAUGUAUCAUUGUUUUAUAUCACUAGGUUUUUAAUCAUUUUUACAAGACAUAUAUAUGUUUUAUAUCUAUUUUAUAUCUAGUCUAUCAUGUACAUAAAAAAAAUUAUAAUUGAUGGUUUUAAGUCUUAUGGAAACCGCACAGAAAUCGGUCCAUUUGAUUCGCAAUUUAAUGCUAUUACUGGUUUGAAUGGGACUGGAAAGUCAAAUAUUCUGGAUUCAAUAUGUUUUGUGCUAGGAAUUUCAAAUUUAAGCAAUGUGCGGGCUUCUUCUCUUCAAGACCUGGUUUACAAAUCUGGCCAAGCAGGUGUCACAAAAGCAACAGUUACGAUAUAUUUUGAUAACACAAAUAAAAAAUGCAGUCCCAUCAAUUACGAACAAUAUGAUGAAAUUACUAUAUCAAGACAAAUACAAAUUGGAGGAAAAAAUAAAUACAUAAUUAACGGGGUGAUUGUCCAAAAUAAAAGAGUAAUUGAUUUCUUUAUCUCUAUACAGCUGAAUGUAAACAAUCCAAACUUUCUGAUUAUGCAAGGCCGGAUCACAAAAGUUUUAAAUAUGAAACCAAUUGAGAUUCUUUCACUUAUUGAAGAGGCUGCUGGCACCCGUUCAUAUGAAACGAAAAGAGAAGUGGCUAAUAAAACAGUAGAUAAAAAAUGCCCCAAAUUACAAGAAAUGGCUUCACUUAUAGAAGGUGAAGUUACACCUCGUCUGGAGAAGCUUCGCUCAGAUAAAGUUCUUUUUAUGGAUUAUCAAAAAUUGCAACGAGACUUAGAUGUAUCUACACGUAUAUUUGUAGCCCAUAAAUAUUCAAAUCAUAAGAAAAUGAUAGAAAGCAUUGCUAAGGAUCAUUUAAAGUUUGAAAAUGAUAUUCAAGCAUUUCAAGAUAAAAUAAAAAAUAAUAAAGAUGAAUGUGUGAAUAUUGAUCAAAAAGUGAUUAAUAUGCAAGAACAGAAUACUGAAGACAAUGAAGAAUUACGUAAACUUGAUGCGGAAAUCAAAGAACAUAACAUGAAGGAGGUUACUAUAAAUGCACAACACAAAUCUGUUUCAUCUUCAAUUAAACGUGAAAAUGAAAGCAAAAAUUUGGUCAUGAAAUCAUUGAAAGAUGACCAAGAUCUUCUCCAAAAAAAGGAACAAUUAAUGGGAAAAUCAGAUCAAAUUUUUUCAGAUUUGAAAAAGGCAGAUGAAACUGAUUCAAAGGCUCUUGAAAUAGCUGAACGCAGAUUAAUGGCUAUAUCUGCUGGUUUAUCGGCAGAUGAGGAAGGCAAUGCAGUUGCUGUUCAAGAUCAAUUGACAAAAGCUCAGGAGACAGUUAUUAAUUCAGCAUCAUUGUGCAAACAAUACGAAAUGGAGUUAAACCAUUUCCAAUCAGAACUAUCUGAUCUUGAGAAGGCAACAUGUAAAGCAGAUACUCAAUACAAUAAUGAUAAAAGUAAUCUGACUAGACUUCAAGCAGAAAUUGAUAAAUUUAAGGUAAAAAUGCAAGAUAUAAAUUAUUCUGAAGAAGAAUUCCGAAAUCUUUCGCAAGCACAAAAUGGACUCACUCAAGAAUGUCGAGCUAAGAAGUACAAGUAUGAAAACUUGCGAGCAGCAAAUGAAAGAUUUAAUUUUGAUUUUCAAGACCCUGAACCUAAUUUUGACAGAAGACGUAUUCAUGGUAUGUUUUGCAAAUUGUUUAAACCAGUUUCGGAUGACUACAGGCAAGCCUUGGAAAUUUGUGCAGCAAGCAAGCUAUACAAUAUAGUUGUCGAUACUGAAGAGACUGGUAGAAAACUUCUCAAAAAUGGACAACUGAAGACCAGAGUAACGAUAAUUCCUUUGAACAAAAUUUCUGCACGAUCAAUUGAUAGAAGAACAGAAGAAUUUGCUAAAAGUCUGGUGGGUGCCAAUAAAGUUCAAGCAGCUAUGAAUUGCAUAAGAUUUUCGGAUGUAGAUGAACCAGCAAUGAAGCAUGUUUUUGGUUCAAUGUUCAUUUGUGAGGAUUUAGAUACUGCAAGGAAAGUGGCUUUUCAUCCCAAAAUUAAGCUUAGAUGUAUCACAUUAGAUGGGGAUGUUAUGGAUCCAGCUGGAACACUUUCUGGAGGUGCUGUUUCUCGUGGAGCAUCUCCUUUACAAGUUUUAUAUGAAUUAGAAAAUCUUGAAUAUGAUCUUAAAUGCAAACAGGAAGAAUUGCAAAAUGUUAAUGCAAGAUUAAGCAAAAUGUCAUCAUUGGCUGAUAAAUAUAUGGACCUAAAGCAUCAAAUAGAUGUCAAAUCUAUAGAACUUCAAACAGUGCAAAGACGAUUAGAACAAACAGAUUUUCAUCAUCAUCAAGAGGAAAUGAAAAAACUUAGGAAAGACAUAGCGUCUCACUUAAAGUUACUGGAGGAAACAAAAACUACUCAUGAAAAAGCUAAAAAGGCUGUUACUGAAUUAACUGCAAAAGUUAAAGAUUCAAAAGGAAGCAGAGAAAGAGAUUUAAAACAAGCUCAGCAAGAUGUUGAGAAUGCUAGAAAAAAAGCAGAUAGUAGUAAGAAGAAAUGGCAGGCUCGGGAACAGGAGUUUUUGUGCAUGACUAUAGAGAUUUCGGAACUGAAAAAUCAUAUUAACGAAUAUCAAGAACAAAUUAAAAAAUCUGAUCAAAUAAUUGAAGAAAUUAAGAAAGAACUCCAGAAUUUAGAAGCAGAACAACAGACACUACAGCAGCGUUCCAAAGAGUUAGAAAUGUUAAUGAAAGAAAAGAAAAAUCUUUUAAUUCAAAAGAAUAGUGAAGUUCAAAAGAUUAUUACUCGAAAGGAAAACCUUGAAAAAGAAAACGAGGAAAUAAGUUUAAAUAUUAAGAAAACUGAACAAAGUCUUAAGAAGAAAAAGAAUGAAUUGGAAGAUAAUACAGAAAAGAAAGAUGAUCUUUUAUCAAAUUAUCCUUGGAUCAAAGAUGAAGAAGAAUUAUUUGGAAAACCUGGUACAUGCUAUGAUUUCAGAAAAAUAGAUAUGAAGGAACUUGCAAGAAAAAUUAGUAUUAUGACUGAAACUAAAAAAACCAUGGAACGUAAUUUGAAUCAUAAAGCCAUGUCUAUGCUGCCCACUGAAGAAUCUAAUUUCAACAAUGCAGUACAAAGAAAGCAAAUGGUUGAGGAGGAUCAACAUUGGCUUAAGGGUACACUUUCACGAUUAGAUGCUGUCAAGAAACAGACUAUUGAGGAGGCUUAUAAGCAUAUCAACAAAGAUUUUGGCUCUAUAUUUGGUACAUUACUGCCUGGUACUAAUGCAAAACUUCAACCUGUUGAAGGAAAACCGCUUUCUGAAGGAUUGGAAGUAAAAGUCUCUUUUAAUAAUGUUUGGAAAGAUUCUUUGAAUGAAUUGAGUGGAGGGCAAAGAUCUUUAGUUGCUUUGUCUUUGAUUUUGGCUAUGUUGCUCUAUAAACCUGCUCCUUUGUAUAUUUUGGAUGAAGUUGAUGCUGCCUUGGAUUUAUCACACACUCAAAAUAUUGGACAAAUGUUGAAAAAUCAUUUUAAAGGAUCGCAGUUCAUAAUCGUCUCUUUAAAAGAAGGAAUGUUUAACAACGCAACAGUAUUGUUUCAAACACGGUUUGUGAAUGGAAUGUCAACAGUUAUUCGAACUACUCAAGAGUCAAAGAAACGUCACAUUGAAAGAGAAAAUGAUGAUGAAGAGCACUCAGGAAAUAAGCAGAGAAAAUAAUUUGUAUGUGGAACAGUAUUACGAUAUUUGAAUAAGUUUUAACAUUUGGAGUCAACUCUGAGAGGUAAAAUAACUGAUGGUUCACAGGACUUGGGAUUAUCAUCAUAUAUGGCCCAUGUUCUCUCUAU